AUGGAAACAGCGAGUUCUGUCCCGAUUCUUCGACCAACUUCAACAAUGAGCUCAGAUUCCUCCCUUCAAAUCGUCCCUGGAGCACCAUGGGUACUUAUCGCCGUUAUGGGUCUCACCGGCACUGGCAAAAGCACCUUCAUACAGACAGCAACCGAAUCACCUGAAGUGAUCGUUGGACAUGACCUAGAAUCGUGCACAAGCGAAAUGAAAGGCUACACAUUUCACUACAAAGGCCACAACGUUAACCUCAUCGACACCCCCGGAUUUGACGACACACACAAAUCGGAGACAGAGGUCUUGACGAACAUCGCCAAAUGGUUGGAAGACUCAUUUCGAAACAAAGAGAAGCUCAAUGGAGUGAUCUAUCUUCAUAGUAUCAAUAAACCUCGCAUGGAAGGUUCGGCCUUGCGCAAUCUCCGAUUGUUCCGCCAAUUGUGUGGUGAAAAUCCUCUCAAAAAUGUGGUCUUGGCGACUACAUUCUGGGGCGCAGUCAACGAGCAGACAGGCGCAAGUCGCGAAGAGGAAUUGCGCGAGCGCCCCGAAUUCUGGGGCAACAUGGUUGAUCAUGGAUCGCGUAUGAUGCGCGUGACCGAUCGUGCAUCCACGUUAGAAAUUGUGGAUUACCUGAUGCCCAUGAGAGGGGUGCCUUUGGAGAUCCAGAAAGAGAUGGUUGAUCAAGACAAACCCCUGAUAGAGACGGCAGCUGGUCAACAUAUGAACGAAGAACUCCAUCGCCGAGAGGAGUUACACAGGGAGGAGCUGCAAAAGAUCAAGGAAGAACAUGAACUUGCAAUCGAGGAGAAAGACGAGCAGCUCCGGGCCAUACUGGAAGAGAACCAACGCCGAAUCGAAAACAACCUCAAUAAAAUAUAUCGCCAACAAGAACAACUCAGAGCAGAGCGUCGUGCUGAAGAUCGAAAGAGACAGAACGACUACGAAAACCAGCUUCAAAGAAUGGCAAGCAUGAGUAGGAUUUCACUUGAAAGAGACACCUCUCCCGAAAUCCGUGAUAUGAGUUUUGACGAGCUUGUCGCUAGGAUACGAGCAAACGAGAUAAAAGUCAAUGCCCAGAAUCGUGACAAGGUGGAAGGAAUGAUCUCAGAGGCACAGCAGUCUCCGGACCUGUCUAACUCCGCGACCAGAAAAAAGAAGGGAACAUCCCGGUAUUUGCUUCGAGCUUUGUCGAUCUUGACUCCGAUAGUUAGCGGGGCUCUUCUUGGGGUUCCCAUCUUUUUCCCUAGCUUUGGAAAGGAAAGUGAGACACCAGAGACUUGA